CCCUGCCCACCUCUGCUUCCUCCAGGGACACAGGAACUCCAGGUCACAUCAAGGUCGCCAUGGAUUCACUCAGUGAAGCAAACACCCACUUUGCAUUGGAUCUGUUCCAGCAGUUCAAACUAUCAAAGAAGAAUGACAACAUCUUCUAUUCCCCUUUAUCCAUCACAUCAGCAUUAGCCAUGACCUACUUAGGAGCCAGAGAAAACACUGCCCUCGAAAUUGGGAAGGUCCUUCACCUCAACGAAGCCACACACAACACGAGAGGAAGAACUACGACAGAUCACGUUGAAAAGUUGGGCAAUGUGCACCACCAAUUUCAAAAGUUUCUAACGGAAUUAAAAAAACCCACUGAUGCAUAUGAACUGAACAUUGCCAACAAGUUCUAUGGAGAAAACAAGUAUCCAUUUCUUCAAGAAUAUAUGGAUAACGUCAAGAAAUUUUACCUAGCCAGUGUGGAAUCUGUUGAUUUUCAAAAUGCGGCAGAAGAAACUCGUAAGAAGAUUAAUUCCUGGGUGGAAAGCCAAACAAAUGGAAAAAUCAAGGAUCUGCUUCCCGAAAACUCUCUUGAGUCUACCGUUCUGGUUCUGGUGAACGCAGUCUAUUUCAAAGGACUGUGGGACAAGAAAUUUGAUAAAAAAUAUACGGUGGAGGAAAAAUUUUGGCUGAACAAGGAUACAAGCAAACCCGUGCAGAUGAUGAAACAGUCCAGUGUCUUCAAUUUCACCUCACUGGAGGACGUACAGGCCAAGAUCCUGGAAAUGCCAUACAAAGGCAAGGAUCUAAGCAUGAUGUUGCUGUUGCCAAAUGAAGUGGACGGUCUGCAGAAGCUUGAAGACCAGCUCACCGCUGAGAAACUAGCAGAGUGGACGAGCUCACAGAAUAUGAGCGAUAGAUGGGUGGAUUUAUAUUUACCUCGGUUCAAAGUGGAAGACGACUAUGACCUCAAGGCCACGCUGCAAGCCUUGGGGAUGCUGGACGCCUUCAAUACACAGAGAGCCAACUUCUCAGGCAUGACAGGGAGCCUGGAUCUCGUGGUGUCUAAAGCCCUCCACAAGUCCUUUGUGGAGGUGACUGAAGAGGGCACCGAGGCCACAGCUUCUACAAACAUAAAUGUUGGGUAUACAUCACCACCAACUUACCAUUUUCGUUGUGAUCACCCUUUCCUGUUCUUCAUCAAGCACAAUAAGACCAACUGCAUUCUCUUCCUGGGCAGAGUCUCUUCCCCUUAG